AUGCCUUUAUAUGCGGUGUUCAUCGACCUGACUAAAGCCUUCGAUACGGUAUCACGGGAAGCGUUGUGGAAGAUCCUAUUAAAAUUGGGUUGCCCCACAAAGUUUGUAAAUGUCCUUAAACAACUUCACGAAGGGAUACAAGCGAGGGUCUGUUCCGAAGGCCAGUUCUCCGACAGUUUCCCCAUAAAUAAUGGCGUAAAACAAGGUUGUGUUGUAGCGCCGAUCCUAUUCAUCUUGUUCUUCGGGGCUAUGCUGAAAGACUGCUUAGAUGGUAAUGACAAAGGUAUUCGCGUGAAUUUCAGAACAAAUGGCGGAUUGUUCAACUUACAACGUCUGCGCGCCAAAACAAAGAUAAGAGAACAACUUGUAAGGGAAUUAUUAUUUGCAGAUGACUGCGGCAUAUUCCCUCAUUCUGUAGAAGAUUUACAAUCGUUGAUGGACAGUUUCGCAAAUGCGUCUAGACGCUUUGACUUGACAAUCAGCAUAAAAAAGACAGAAGUAUUAUGCCAACCACCACCAGGAGUGCUUCUAGAUAAACCAUCAAUCAUCGUGAACGGUCAAAAACUGAAAACAACUAAAACAUUCCCGUAUCUUGGUAGCACAAUAUCCGAUGAUGCGCAAUUAGACCAUGAAAUCGAAAGAAGGAUAGCAAAAGCCAGCUCCUCUUUUGGAAGACUCAAAGAUCGUGUAUGGAAGAGUCAUGAUAUCAAACUAGAAACAAAAAUAGGUCUGUUCAAAGCAGUUGUUAUAUCAACGCUCCUGUAUGGAGGGGAAACAUGGACGUUGUAUGCCAGGCACAUCAAAAAACUAGAAGUUUUCCAGCAACGAUCCCUCCGUAGCAUUAUGCGGGUAAAUUGGGAAGAAAAGACGCCACACAGCGAAGUGCUAGAGCGGGCAAAAUGUUGUAGCAUUGAAAGCAUUCUGAAAAAAAGGCAGCUUCAGUGGGCUGGUCACAUUGUGAGAAUGGAUGAUGAACGAUUACCUAAAAUAUUGUUGUACGGGGAGUUACAACAAGGAAACCGAAUGGUGGGAAGACCGCGAAAAAGGUAUAAGGAUAGCCUGAAAGAUCAUAGGCUGCCCAAAAGUGCGUGUUGUAAUUUUUACCCUCGCGCGUGGCGCUCGGGCAUGCAUCGAGUCUACUCAGUUUAUUAUUAUGAGAGAAAAACAAAAGAAAAAAGAUUAAAUACAAGUUCAGACUCAAAGAGAGGAAAACUAAACCAAAAAGCAAUAAAUUUACAUACACCAAACAUACUAACAUCAAAUCAUGGAAACACAGUCUAAAAUCGAACAGUAAUCUCAAAGCUAUGCAAAAACGUAACCUCAUGAAAAUCCACAAUCUCUCUACCAUCAAAGAACGUAACAGCACCUUAAUUACCAAUAUCCAAUCAACCAUCAACAUCGAAACAUACCGUAAAUCUGGCACCAAUAUCACUACCACCAUAAAAUCUACCUCAGCAGAAAAUAUCCAUACCCUACAAGAUAAUAUUUCAAAAUUAAAACAAGAUAACAUUAUUAUACUACAGAAAAUCCAAACAUUAAAGAAUAACACAGAAUCAACCUCAACAUCUAGAAUUAAUAACAUCGCCAAAGUCAGUACUAACAAAGGCUAUUCCAUCAAAACCCGUCUCCUUUCCAUCAAAACUAACCUAUACCUAUUCCAUAACUACCUCAACAAUCGUCUAUCCCUUUCCAAUACUGUCAUCGCUAAUAACCUCAAGCAAGAAUCCACCACUAAACGUCAACUUAAAUUCUUACAAGAACAAAUUACCCUAUCCUCAACUAACAAAAUACAUAAUUUUACCUCUACCCAUCUACCGCAAGAUACCAUCGACCUGCUUAAUAAAGGAACUAAUUUCAUACCGACACCCUCUAACCUCGAUCCCACUCAUUUACAAGAUACGAUUUCUACAGAAGUUAACGAUGCUCUCAUCAAAUUGAUUAAUAAACCCCAUGGCCAAUCCUUUAUAUCCAAUAAUAAUAAACAAACCCAAUAUAAAUCUAAGAAGAACGUAACCUAUAAGAAGAAAUCGCCUACAACUCUACUAAAAGAAGAACAAUCCAAACCUAAUUUUAAUUAUCAUCUCAUAGAAUACAUUCAUAAUACCUCCGCUUAUACCAAACACUACUUACAAAAUACUAACCUUAACGACAUUACUCAUUCGCAUCUUCUUAACGUUUCUUCGUCUACUCUUCAGCACAUUACGGAACUAGAAAACAACCCAGACAUUAUUGUAACACAAACAGACAAAAACAUGGGAUGGGCGCUUGUACCUACUAUAUGGUUUACCAACGAAUACAAACGACAUCUUAACGAUACAUACACAUACACUCUUAUUGACAACUUUAACAUAGAACGUCACAUUACAGACAGUAACAAGCUUUUAUAUAAACUUAAAUCACGUUUUAACGAUUACAUCACGCCAGACAAACGUAAACUACUAAACCCUGCUGACAUUAACGACAUUCAAAUACCUUACAUGAAACUGUUACCUAAAGUACACAAACUCACAUCAACUGCUUCUCCUCGUAACCUCGAUCUUUUAACCGGUAGACCAAUCAUCACAGCACAUUCAUGGACAACUUCAAACGUUUCAAAACUAUUAGGCACAGAACUCGACAACAUCAUCAAACAACUUAAAGAUCUUUUCCAUUCCAAAAACAUUCACUUUCCACUUAUCUACAACUCGUCUGAACUAAUCGACUUAUUACAACAACAACAACAUGUUACAGACAUAAACAAUUCUAAACUAACAACUUUUGACUUCACUUCCUUAUAUACCAAAAUCUCUUUUCAGGAUACAAUCAAUGCCAUCGUCUCUAGCUGCAAACUACUCAAUUUCUCCAACUUUUAUCGUGACUUUUUACUUAAUCUUAACGACUUUAUUAACAACAGAAACUUCUUUUCUACUGGACAAAACAUCUACCAACAGACACAAGGCGUGGCUAUGGGCAGUUAUCAUAGCCGUCAAAUCGCCGAUCUUGUACUCCUUAUUAGCGAAUUUUAUUAUUUUACUAACAACAGAACAAUUAAGCAUCCUAUUUUUUCUCGUUACAUUGACGACGGUUUUUUGUUUACUACUAAUAAUACUAAUCCACUAGACAUUAUCACUAACCUCAUCUCUUAUUAUCCAAAGCAAAUUCCAAUCACCUUUACAUCCAAUCAGCAUUGUGUCCAUUACCUCGAUCUGACCAUUUCACUCGACUAUCAUACUCUCCUAUACAAUAAAAUUCAUUAUCAAGUAUAUCAAAAACCGAAGCACAAAUACAUGUAUCCUCAUUUCUCCUCCAACCAUCCUUCACAUAUCUUUCCUGGCAUUAUCAAAACUGAAACUAUUAGAUACAGCAGACUUUCCUCUACUCCUGACGAUUAUAACUUUGUACGCAAACUUUUCUCCCUUCGACUUAAAUCUUUAAACUAUCCUUCCAGACUAAUCACAACCAAUACCUUUCCUUUUCUUUCAUACCAUGGACAUAACAUGGACAUGGUCAUAAUAAUAAACUGAGUAGACUCGAUGCAUGCCCGAGCUUUGCCCGAGCUCCACGCGCGAGGGUAAAAAUUACAACACGCACUUUUGGGCAGCCUAUGGAAAGAUGCGCUAAAAUCGUGCAAUGUUCCGCUGCAAUCUUGGGAAACACGUGCAGAAGAUAGGGCUUCAUGGCGAACUGCAAUCCAUACUGGUGUUCAAUCUUUUGAAGCAGGCCUGACAGAGAGAAUACGACAAGCUCGACUCCGGCGUAAAUGGCCUGAUCAAGCUGAUGCAACAGGAUUCAUGUGUGAUGUGUGUCAACGGCCCUGUGCGAGCCGAGCGGGUUUGGUGGCUCAUGGGAGAGUUCAUAGACGGUGACCCAACCCCCGACGAAAAAGGACAUCUUCGAAAUCGAAGAGUCAUCCAUUAUUAUAUUAUUAGUCGACUAUAAGAAAGCCUUUGAUAUGGUUGAUCACUGUAUCCUGCUUGAUAAACUUGGAGCAUGCCAUCUUGAUCAGAGCUCGCUUGAUUGGUUUAAAUCCUAUCUAUCAGACCGUAAACAAUAUGUUAACUUCAAAGGCCAGUCUUCUACAACAAAAGUAAUCACGGACGGAGUACCACAGGGUUCUAUCCUUGGGCCUCUAUUGUUUCUCGUUUUUAUAAACGAUUUGCCUCUACAUAUCAACACCUAAGUAGAUUUAUUCGCUGAUGACACUACCUUACUCGCUGCCACUGAUUAUAAUGAUAUUAAUGAACUUAAUGAGAAAUUAUCUCUGGAAGUCUCUAACGUUCAAAACUGGGCCAUUACCAAUAAACUGCCUCUCAAUACCACUAAGACUAAAACCAUUCUGAUUUCUGGUAAACGUCUUAAAGCUAAGCUUACUCCUGAGAAUCAAACUCUCAAUAUUAAAUUGAACGAUGAUUCAUUAGAACAAGCGCACACUGUGAAAUUACUGGGCUUUAAUAUUGAUGAAGAUUUAAACUUUGACACUCAUGUUGAUAUAAUGGCAAUGAAACUAUCGAAACGUAUUGGAAUAUUGAAGUCUAUAAAAUCCUACCUGCCUCGAAACGAACGUAUUCUUUUCUACAAUGCUAUGAUCAAACCUCUAUUUCUCUAUUGUAGUAUAACCUGGACAAACUGUAGUAAGAACAAUAUCACUAAAAUUUUCAAACUUCAAAAACGCUGUGCCAGAAUUAUCCUUGACGCUGAACCUC